AUGCUCCGAACUUCAAAAUUAAUUCCUUUGUUCUGUAAGGGUGUGAGUGGGUCUCUGCGAUCUUCGGCAGUCAGACCCAGUGCGAUAACAUGGAGUCUACACCAACAUCGGUGGAAAGCCAGUAUGGCCGAACCAAAGCAAGAAACAACAUCACAGAAAUCCAAAAGUGUGGUUACGGAGUCUCAUUCCUUCGGCAUGGGUCUGUUUAAAGGAGAAGUCAACCUCCAAGAAGUCUUUCCAUUCCCAGAAGUGCUAAACAGCGAGCAGCUCGAGGAGACACAGAUGUAUGUUGAACCAACUCAUAAAUUCUUCCAGGAGGUGAAUGAUGCAGGAAAAAAUGAUUCGUUGGAGAAGGUUGAAGAUCACACCAUGCAGGGACUGAGAGAGAUGGGAGCUUUUGGUCUACAGGUCCCUCAAGAUCACAGUGGACUUGGUCUGACAAACACACAGUAUGCCAGAAUGGUAGAGGUCGUCGGUGAAUACGACCUUGCUGUCGGUAUUGUUCUCGGUGCCCACCAAUCCAUCGGCUUCAAGGGAAUCCUACUGUUUGGCAACCCUGAACAGAAGAAGAAAUACCUGCCGAGUCUCGCACAGGGUGAGCAGAUGGCUGCGUUCUGUCUGACGGAGCCGGCUAGCGGGUCCGAUGCGGCAUCUAUCAGAACGAGGGCUGUGCUUAGCGACGACGGGAAACACUUCAUCUUGAACGGAAGCAAACUAUGGAUCAGCAAUGGUGGAUUUGCCGAAGUUUUCACAGUCUUUGCACAGACCCCAGUCACAAACGCAGAUGGCGUCACAACAGACAAGAUCACAGCGUUUAUUGUGGAGCGUGGAUUUGGUGGAGUUUCCAGUGGUCCCCCUGAGAAGAAGAUGGGCAUCAAGGCGUCCAACACUGCAGAGGUUUACUUUGAAGACGUUAAGAUCCCCGUUGAGAACAUCCUGGGAGAGCUUGGGGGAGGUUUCAAGGUGGCUAUGAAGAUCUUGAAUAACGGUCGCUUCGGGAUGGCUGCUGCAUUGUCUGGAACCAUGAAGGGGCUCAUCAAGAAAGCAGUGGACCACGCCGCUAAUCGGACCCAAUUUGGAGCUAAGUUGGAUACCUUUGGUGUGAUCCAAGAGAAGCUUGCCCGUAUGGCUGUCAAGCAGUAUGUCACUGAGUCAAUGGCUUAUAUGAUCUGCGCUAACAUGGACGCCGGAUCUACAGAGUUCCAGAUUGAAGCAGCUAUCGGCAAAAUCUUUGCUUCUGAGGCAGCUUGGGAGAUUGCUGAUGAAGCCAUCCAAGUCUGUGGUGGUAUGGGAUACAUGAAGGAUUCUGGUUUGGAGAGAGUAAUGAGGGAUCUUAGAAUCUUCCGUAUCUUUGAAGGAACCAACGACAUUCUCCGCCUCUUUGUCUCCCUCACUGGACUCAUGAAUGCAGGCCAGCGUCUCAAGGAGCUCCAGAAAGCUCUGAAGAGCCCCGCCAUGAACCUGGGCAUCAUCAUGGAGGAGGCCAACAAGAGAGCCAAGAGGAUGGUCGGCAUCAACUCCGGACCAUCCCUCGGGGAGCACUGCCACCCCGAUCUCCAGACCUCAGCCAGCCAGGCCUCUAAGGCUAUCAGUGACUUCUCAGUCAGUGUGGAGGAGAUGCUGAUGCAACAUGGCAAGAACGUGGUGAAUAAGCAAUUGCAUCUAUGGAGGAUGGCUGACGCUGCGAUUGAUAUCUACGCUAUGGUGGCAACUCUCUCAAGAGCUUCGCGAUCCCUGAAGAACGAAGUCCCGUCCGCCGACCACGAGAAGACGAUGUGCGAAUUCUUCUGCAACGACGCCGCACAGCGCGUUGAAGACAACCUGAAAGCCCUCAAGAACAAACAGACCAAAGAGAACUUUGAAGCUGUCCCUAAGAUAUCUCAGGCUAUGGUGCAGUCGGGAGGCCUCCUGGCCGAUCAUCCUCUUGGAUUUUAAAUUAAAAUCAUGCCAGCCGUUCCAGUCUACAUUCAAAUCUAAACUUUCCUGGCGACAGUAAACUACAAACUAAAGAGGUUUGUGUCUCAAUAAUUAGCAAUAAUAGCAAAUAGGAAACUUAUACUCGAUUCAGACAGGCGCUCUUGCGUCAAGCCAAACCAAAUUAUUUAAUUAGAAACCUGGAGAGUUUGACAUCUGAAACAGUUAGGAACGAAUGAACAAUCUAUUUGGUUCGACGGCACUCUAGAGUGCCUGGCUGAACGGACUUUUAUCUCAUUUGAAAGAGACAAAAAUUCCUUUUUUUUUUCAACUAACCCUGACUAAGCUGAACUCAAAUUUUCAUCGUCGAUUCAAAGCCUUUACUUUGUUAAGUACUUUGAAACAAAUUAUCAAGAGACUGGAAUGGCCACUCAAAUAAAACAAAUCUAUAAAUAUUUUGGUUAUUUAUCUAUUGUGUACAAAAUUUUUUCGUCAAUUUUAAAGAUAACACAGCGACAGAAAAUUUUAGUAAAUCUUACAUUUGAUGAAUUAAGGCACCAUCAAAUUGUUUGUGUACUUCAAAUGUUUAUCUAGAGACUCAUGAAGGGUCAUUCAAAUAAAACAAAUAUAUAAAUUGUGUACAAAAUAUCUAGGUAAAUUUUAAGGAUAACACAGGGACAGGACAGAACACAUCCAGUAAGUCUUGCAAUAAGGCAUUAUCAAAUCUCAAUCAUUGUUUGUUAUAGAAUUUCAGGUUGUUAAAAUGAUAGAUGAAGUAUUUCAUAUCUCAGAAAGAUGUGUACAUAUCAUUUUUAGCCCUCCCCAAAAUUUUGGGAAAUUUCACCCUUUCAAAAAAAAGGUUCUGCAAAUUGGACCUAAAACUGUGACAAAUUAUUUGUCUAUCUAGUUUUAAAGCACAAAUUAUUUCUCUGUUGCGAUGUGAACACCAAUCAUGGUAUUUGUUAUCAGCAAUAAAUAAUGAGGGUUUUUAAUAAAAAAAAGUAAGUGUUUUCCCGGUGGAAAAAUUGUACAGACUACUAACUUUAAGGAUAGACACAUUUCAUUGUCUAACUGAAUCAUGUUAAUUCUAUUGUGUAAAUACAUUGCGACAAUUUUGUCAUGAUAUUGAAGAGGUGAUUAGAUGUGCGUAUUGCAGGUCACAGAAGAAAACUUUCUCAAGUUGGCAUCGUCGCCCACAGAACGUGCAUCUAAAACUCUCUAUCUGUUCAUCACAUGGUAUCGUUUCCAUCAUAAUACCUACCUUGUGUUUAAUUAUCUCUGAAUAUGUUAAUGAAGUUGUAGGUUUGUAUGUAUUCAACAGUGAUUUAGAAAGGGGAACUAUAUUUGAUAAAAAUUCAGGUUUGUAAAAUACACCAUCAUUUGUCUUUUGAGCUCCAUUGGUGAAAUAUGAAGAAACUUUUGGGUGAAGGUUUAAAGAAUGUCGUGAUUAUUCUUUGUGCGUCUGGAAUUGCGUUUGUGUGUGUGUGUGUGUGGGUGUUGAUCUGUUUAGUAAUGGUAAUUAUAUUAGUUAACCCUCCGACUUUGGUACCAAUUCAUGGCAAUGUCACUAACCACUUGAAACCAUUGAAGUGCACAGGUUAUUAAAGGUGGCGUUCCCUGUGCAAAGCUAAACUGUAUGGCUACAUGUUUGCUGUGUAGAUGCAUUUACCGUACGGUACCAUAUUGCAGGCUGGCUUGCAUAUUGUCAUUAAACAAACAACAGUGUAUGGUCAGCAAUUAGGAGGGUUGAAAAAACAUGCACUUGAACAAAAAAACUGGGAACAUGUGUUAGUGACACCAACGCAAAGACCAAUGCAUGGUCUGCUUUAACCCUCCAUAAAACUGGAACUUGUUCAGUACAAAAAAAAAUAUACAAAGAAAUCAGUGUUAUCCCAAUACAUACUCCUAAGGUGUUUUUCGUUGUAACUUGUAGUUUUUUUAUUUUGUUUUAUUGGAUGUAGAAGUAGUACAGGUUUAAUCUAAAGACAGUUGUUUCUAACCAUGAUUGUAUGGUUAUUAUAACAUCUAAAUGGCAAUGCCAUUUCAAUGCAAAUAUUGGAUUAGAUUAAAUAAUUAGAUGUAGUGUAGUGACUUGUGAAAUAUAAAGACGUGUAUUUUUAUGGUUUUUGUUUUUUAAAUCGGCCCAACUGUUUUAAUAUUUCCUGUUUCCGUUAACUUGUGUCGUGGUGACACUUAAAUCUUGGAGUUGUUUUAUUUUCUCAUUUAAAAAAUAGUAUCAUUUUCUAAUUGGGUUAUUAAUGUCUACGAUCUUUGGAUUACGAUAUUUCAAAGAGUCAAGCAAAUUCUGUCAUCAGAUUCUCCUGAAGUGUUCAUGAUAAAAACAUUAGAUGCCUCGUUUGGAAAUUAUUUUUAAUCGUCAAAGAACAGUUUCCACACUCUGUGUGACCAAACAUCUACAGUAAAUAAUAAACCUGUGAAAGUUCAAAUUCAAUUGGUCUUCGGAGUCAUGAGAAAAAGGUAAAACAAAACUUGUUGUUUUCACUUUUGGAGUGGAGCAACAUCCUUCCAGGGAAACUUUCCCUCGAAGCAAACCCAUCUCUAUACCGUGUCAGUUGUGUGUUAAAGGCAGUGGACACUAUUGGUAACAACUCAAAAUAAUUAUCAGCAUAAAGCCUGGUUUGGUAACGAGU